AUUGUGGAGAAAAUGGUGUUUCCCACCGACCGCAGAAGGUCCCGAUGUCAAAUUGCAUUAAGGUUCGUAAUUCUGCCCUUACGACUUCAUCAUCCGUCGGGAAACAGCGAAAGCUUAGUAAGAAGUCCAAUGAAUUGGCUUAGCAGUAAAGUAAACAGACAGGAAUUCAAAAUUCAAAAUUCAAAGGCAAGAAAAGUUGUGGAAAGCAUAAAAACAGAAACCUUGUAUUACUGGAGCGCAUUCAAGUAAUGCGGAUUGUUUUUACAUUUUCUACCUUUGAUGCCUUCACCUUAUAGGGUAUUCGUACAGCGCCUCUUCGGGAAAGCCAUAUACUUUAAUUGGUUUAUAAUAAGUCAACUUUUCCCUUUGCGUUUUACGGGAAUGUGGGACAUUCAAGAAUGAAUUUACUUGUCAACAAAUAAACACAACCCAUCUUUGUCGAGUCUCAAUAAAGCUUUCAUGUUUAUAAUAUAAAAUAUUACUAGUAAUCAAUCCUUCAUUCGCUUACCAUCCGAAAUAAACUUUUAUGAUCUCCUACUCGCUACUAAAGAAGACGUAGACAUGCUCGGUUCCAUCCAUCCAUAGACUCCAACACGUUAAAACUACAUCUUUCUCUUAUGCUUUGCUUUUUCUUAUCUUAUAAUAAAAGUAUUUCCGUCAGACUACAAACCUCCAUCGCAGUUUAGUUCUUUACUUUUACUUUUACUUUUACUUUUACUUUACAAACGCUACUGGACUGCUAUAGACACUCGCCAUUCGUACUACCCCCCAUCUUUCGUUUUUUUUUUAAAAAAAAAACGCGAAAAAGAUUUCAUUGCACCUUCAAGUAGUAAGUCGCGAUAUUUCGAUAUGGAGCUUACAACCACUUGUCUUCUUCAGGAGUCUUGUCCUUGAAGUGAUCACCAAGGAAAGCAAUAGGCUAGGUUGGAAAAGUCAGCUUUCGAUCGGCUUACUUACGCAAAAUAGAAUUUUCUUACCUGCAAAAUGGUUGUUUUCACCUUAGGAACUUGCAUGGCAAAUAAAAACACUGAAACGCCCGUUAAUACAUUUCACUUCCUUAGCUUUCUAUUCUUUCAUACCUGCAGCACCAGCAGCAAAAGUCCAGCGAGAAAUUGCUGGGACACUAUGUUUGUUAAAAUUCGUUCAAUCUUUUGCUUGUUUCUUUGAUAACCAUACGUCUUUGCUGUUUUUUCUGGGGUUAUGAAUGAGACAUGGGGUUGAACCCGAUACGAAGGCUUAUUGAAGAACUAAGUCAUUAUUAGCGGUUCUUUCUUUGUUAUUUUUUCUUACAAAAGGGACCAUUGCAAACCAAUUCUGAAAAGAAAGAGAGAGAGGGGGAUAGCAAGCCUUUAGCGGUGUCCGUCUCUACUUCCUUCUUCUAUUGUGCAUCUCCCUUCCCGUCUGCCCCGUUAGGUUCGAUCGUCUUAGCCGGCUAAUAUAAUUCCUUCGUUUCUCCUUCCGAAACAAAUUUAAUACUUUAAAAAUCAUCCU